ACAAUGUCAGCAGAUAUAGCCACCUCUCACGGCGGAGAUGGUGGAGGUCUAGACCCGCCAGAUCCUAGUAGAGUACCCUCUUCCUGCGAGUCAGCUGAAGUGCCGAGAAGAAAGGGUCGUGGCCUGGCUAAUUCGAAGCCACUUGAAAUUCGAAGGCGAAAUGCUGGGAAACCACUAGAUCUUCAGCUUGAUCCUAGGACGGACAAAGUGGUUGGCUUGGAGGACCAAGCUUUUGUCCGCGAGAUAGGCCUCCAAGUCACUUUGUUGUUGCCAGGACAUUACUUGGAUUUCGCUGAUGUACCUCAACAAUUUAAGGAACAAGUCGUACAAAGGAUGAAGUAUUUUUAUAAUGUUGAUGGUCAUCCAGAACCCGAGAGAGUUAUGAAAACUAUCUACACAGAGAUGCGCAAAAGAUAUUCUGAGAGAAAGAACAUCAGACAUACUCACUUCAAAAAAUAUUACUCUAAUCCGGAAGAUUUGCAGAGUGUUUUAGUUGCCCCACCUGACCAUUGCUCCAAGGAGAGUUGGAAAGAUAUUGUUCAGUUGUUUUUGAGCCCAAAAUUUAUCGCGCGAUCCAACCAAAACAAGAAAAACAGAAAAGAAAUGAAGUAUACAUCGACGCAAGGCACAAAAUCGAUGGCAGCUAAGCGUCACCAAUUUGUAAGUAAAAAUAUUAAUUUAAUUUAACAAAAUUUUACAUUCUAACUUCCUAUCUCUAAAUUUGUAUAGGCGAACCCUGAUGAACAUGUUAUUGAUACUUGGAAAGAUAGCCAUUUGAGAAAAUCGACAAAAGUUUUUGUCAACGACACAGCUCGAGAAACUUUUGUAAGUUUAAACUUUUGUGUUAUUAUUUUCAUUAAACUAUGUUACUGAUGUGUUUCUAACACUUUUUAUGAACAGGAAAAAAUGACGGAAGAGCUUGAGAGGGCACGACUUCAAAGCCAAUCUCAAGGACCGACGGAGGGAUCUGAAACUGGAUCUGCUGCUGAAUCCUCAUCGAUCGAUCAGUACGAGAUUAUGAGUAAAGUACUUGGGGAGAGGUCUGACUUUCAAAGAGGAGUAGGUUACAGCAAAGGCAAAGGGAAAAAAUCAGCUUCCAGCUCCACAAGUCAAAGUCAGUCACAGGCCCAACCUGCUCAUACACCUCAGGAAGACAUGACUACUAUGGCGGAAAUGAUGAAGUCAAUGCGUGAAGAGAUCCGGAUGUUGAAAUCUCAACAAGGUCCAUCUGGUAAUCCUCAGCAUACCAGUACAGAAGCUGAGUCGCGGUUUGAAAGCCUUCUCCAACGAUAUUUACCAUCACAACCUGAAGGUGGUAUAUCUUCUCAUAGUCCACCUCCUUGGUCGAUGCCACAACAACAACAACAUGUGUAUCCACCUCAACAGAAUUAUCCAAACACGUAUGGACGCUCCUCCCAGUCCCCUCCUUUUUAUUACCCCGACCUCCCUACAGGAUCUCAGACGUCACAUCCUAGGCAGCAGCAUCCACAGCAGAUGUAUGGUCAAUUUGUGAGUUCGUCGCAGCAGCAGAGGUAUGGUCAGUUUGAGAGUUUUUUGCAUCAGUCUCCCUCGCCGCGACCACAUGCUCGACAAUUUAGGUCAUCUUCGCAGCAUCACACUACACAAGCACCACAGUUUGCUUCACCACCGUUGCCGCGCCCUAAUACUAGUGAUCAAGAUAUUGAUCUUAACGAAUAUUUUACACCAAGUUGGCCUGAUCAAAACAAUAAUAAUUAGAUUAUGUUUUUUAAUUAUAUUAAGACUGAAAUUUUAUUAUGUUUAUUUUAUAAUUAGUUUAUAUGUAAUUAAAAUGAGACAAUUUGUAUUUUAUUAAGUUUAUAUGUAAUUAAAAUGAGACAAUUUGUAUUUUAUUAAGUUAAUUUUAUGAUUAAUUACAAUUUUAUUUU